AAGUUAUUAAAUUGGAUUUUAAACUAUAUUUAAAUUAACCCAUUAUGAGUGAAUACGUCCCACCAAACAAUAAGGGUCAACUUCACCCGGAACAGAAAAAAUGGAAGGCUCCAAAGGGUCCAAAGGCCGUACAACACAAAAAUAAGAAUUUGAUUGGGUUGGGAAGAUCCAUUGCUAAUCAAAGAAGACAAGAAAAUCAAAUUGAAUAUUUACCAGAUGGGGAAAUGAGAUUUACCACCGACAAGAGAGAAGCUGACUGGGUCAAAUUAAGAUCUGUUACACAAGAAAAUUCCUUGGAUGAAUUUUUAAACACUGCUCAAUUAGCAGACACUGAUUUCACUGCUGAAAGACAUCAACAAGUUAAGAUCAUUAAGGUGGGGAACACCUCUGUAGUAUCACAAACCGGGUUGCUUACCCAGGAAGAAGCCAACGAGUUGAAGAAGAAGCAUCAAGCUUUUGAAAACAAGUUGACUAUUCCAAGACGUCCAAAAUGGAACAAGCUGCAACUGAAGUUUGAAUUGGAAAGACAAGAAAACUUGGCCUUCUUAGAAUGGCGUAGACAAUUGGCACAACUUUCAGAGAACAACGACUUGUUGUUGACCCCCUUCGAACGUAACUUGGAAGUGUGGAGACAAUUGUGGCGUGUGGUUGAAAGAUGUGAUUUGGUUGUCCAAAUUGUCGAUGCUAGAAACCCAUUAUUUUUCCGUUCAGUUGAUUUGGAAAAAUAUGUGAAUGAAUUGAAUAGCGAAGAAAGUCGUAAGAACAAUUUGUUAUUGGUUAACAAGGCCGAUUUAUUGACUAGAGAACAAAGAAUUUCAUGGGCUGAAUAUUUCGAAAAGAAGAAUAUUAACUAUGUUUUCUUUUCAGCUUUAGCUGCCAAUGAAUUAUUGGAAAAGGAACAACAAGAAUUGGAACAACAAAAGUUGGACCCAGAAUAUCAAAGAGAAGAAGUGAAACAAGACGAGGAAGAAGAAGAAGAAGUUUCCGAAACUAAUGAAAAUAUCAGAAUCUUGAAGAUUGAAGAAUUGGAAGAAUUAUUCUUACUGUCAUCACCAAGAGCUCCUUCUGAAGAACGUAAGCUUCAAAUCGGGUUGGUUGGUUACCCUAACGUCGGUAAGUCUUCCACUAUUAACGCGCUUGUGGGUUCCAAGAAGGUUUCUGUUUCCGCCACUCCAGGUAAGACCAAGCAUUUCCAAACCAUUAACCUUUCCUCUGAAGUUAUGCUUUGUGAUUGUCCCGGUUUAGUGUUCCCAACUUUUGCAUACACCAACGGUGAAUUGGUAUGUAACGGUGUGCUCCCAAUCGAUCAAUUAAGAGAACAUGUUCCACCAAUUUCCCUUGUUUGUCAACGUAUUCCAAAGUUUUACUUGGAAGCUUUAUACGGUAUUCACAUUCCUAUCAAGAGUAUAGAAGAUGGUGGUACUGGAGAACCUACAUCUGCAGAAUUAUUGAAUGCAUACGCCAGAGCAAGAGGUUACAUGACUCAAGGUUUCGGUAGUGCUGAUGAACCAAGAGCCAGUAGAUAUAUUUUGAAGGAUUAUGUCAACGGUAAGCUUUUGUUUGUGUGUCCUCCACCUAAGAUCACCGAAGGUGGUAGCACUUGGGAUUUACCAUCUGUUGCAGAAUCUAAGGAAUACAACAAGGCAUUAUACAACUUGAAAACUUUACCUGAAUCAAGACAAGCUCAAAUCAUCCAAGCCAUGGGUAAUAAGGGGAUUUCUGUCGAUGAAUUUGAUUUGGCAAAUGAUUUGGCCAAGUUGAACUUUUCUAUGCAUAUCAGUGAAGAAUCAGCACAUUUGACAAAGAAUAAGAACAGUACCGAUAACUUGGGUGGCCGUGGUGCAAAGACUUUGUUCUAUGGUGGUAGACAAGCUAUGUUGGAGAAUGAAGGUAAUGAUUUGGAUAAGGAAUUUUUCAAGUUAUCAGGAGUUCAUGGGAAAUUUUCCACUCCAUUCCACAAGGUUGAAAACGGGAAUGGAAGUAAGAAGCAUGCCAAAAAGAACAAGAAGGCCGAGAAGAAGAAUAGAGUUGUAGGAUAUUAGGAAUAGAUACCAGCAUCAAUAAAC